AUGGGGAAGCUCUUGGUGGCCGUGGGGAUCCUCACGCUCUGGGCGGCUGGUGCCCACGGGGGCAACAUCUGCACCACCCGUGGGGUGAACUCCUGCAAGCAGUGCCUGGCCGUGAGCCCCCUCUGCGCCUGGUGCUCGGCAGAGGUGGUGGCACAGUCGUCCCCUCGCUGUGACCUGCUCGCCAACCUCCUGCAGAGCGGCUGUGGGCAGGAGCACAUCGAGUUCCCCACCAGCAGCACCACCAUCCUGGAGAACAGGCCCCUCAGCAACAAGGGCUCAGGCAGCUCCACCACCACCCAGAUGAGCCCCCAGAAAAUACAGCUGAACCUGCGGCCAGAUGACUCCCAGACCUUUCGUGUCCAAGUGCGUCAAGUGGAAGACUACCCCGUGGACAUCUACUACCUGAUGGACUUGUCCAACUCCAUGAAGGACGACCUGAGGAACAUCCAGAACCUGGGCACGAAUCUGGCCAACGAGAUGCGCAAGCUCACCAGCAACCUACGCAUCGGGUUUGGGGCCUUUGUGGACAAGCCCAUCUCCCCCUACAUGUACAUCUCCCCUCCAGAAGCCAUCAGGAACCCUUGCUAUGAGAUCGGGGACACCUGCCUGCCCAUGUUUGGCUACAAGCACGUGCUGUCGCUGACGGAGGAGGUGACCCGCUUCAACGAGGAGGUGCAGAAGCAGAGCGUCUCCCGCAACCGCGACGCGCCCGAGGGCGGCUUCGACGCCAUCAUCCAGGCCACAGUCUGUGAUGAGAAGAUCGGCUGGAGGAACGAUGCUUCCCACCUGCUGGUCUUCACCACGGAUGCCAAGACCCACAUGGCUCUGGACGGCAGGCUGGCUGGCAUCGUGCAGCCCAACGACGCCCAGUGCCACAUCGAUGAGGACAACUUCUACUCUGCCUCCACCACGCUGGACUAUCCCUCUCUGGGCCUUAUGACUGAGAAACUCUCGGAGAAGAACAUCAACUUGAUCUUUGCUGUGACAAAUCAAGUUGUUGGCCUCUACCAGAACUACAGUGAGCUGAUCCCAGGCACAACCGUGGGCACCUUGUCCAGAGACUCCAGCAACGUCCUGCAGCUCAUAGUGGACUCCUAUGGGAAAAUCCGCUCCAAGGUGGAGCUGGAGGUGCGUGACCUCCCCGAGGAGCUCUCCCUGGCCUUCAAUGCCACCUGCCUCGACGACGAGGUCAUCCCCGGGCUCAAGUCUUGCAUGGGGCUCAAGAUUGGGGACACG